AUGGCUGGACUCGGCGGACAAAAAUACCAAGAUAUGGAAGCAAAUAAGCCGAAGAAUGAGAUUUGCGAGAGCUUCGCGAAAAUCAUCGAAACGGACGAAAACGCGGACAAGGUCCGCGUCGUCGAAAUUUUGCGCACUCGUGCCUGCAACGAUGCCCUCUUGCCCCUCCAACCUAUCUAUGCCCCUCUGAUUGACUGGCUAUUCCCGAGUUUGGGUAGUGGCUAUCAAAAGCUGCACGAUUGCUGGAGGGCGCUGGAGACCGAGCGGAAUCCCUGGCCACGAGCUAGCGGGAAUUGCGACGAAAUCACCCGAGAGUACGCGUUGCGUGUCAAUAACGACGCCAAAAAAUGUGGUUACGGAGAGGCCGAUCAGGGAUUUGUGGCUCGAUUGACGCAGCUAAAGGUGCACGAAAACGUCAUUGGUAACGCGAACGCUCCAGCUGCAGUUCGAAACUGCCGACAGGAGAUUGUGGAGGCGCUUGCCAGACUCGACACAAUCAAGCAAGAAAACGAGUUA